ACAGGUAAAAAGACUAAAGAAAGAGCCUGAAAACCCAGUAAGGGAGGAGAAACGGAGGCGCUCCUUCUGAUACAGUCUCCAUUUCUAAAAUCAACUGUUGUAAAAGCCUAGGGGAAGAAGAAGAGCUCCAAGCCCAUCCUGCCUGUCUAUCCCAUUAUUUUUACGCUUCCCAUCAAUUUCCCUCAAUAGUCAACACUGUCGAAUUCAGGGGAGAAACACUGAGCCCCUUUAGCUGAUUGCACGGCCUUUUCAAUUUUAUUAGGAUGGUUGAGGUUGUGUAGGUCAUAAUGUGAUAGCUGACCACAUUUCUCAGAGUAUUUAAGGUGGAUUUUUACUGGGAAUUUGAGCUGGUGAGAAUUUUUUGUUUGGGUUUGGAUAACAUGGUCUGGACAUGGCUAAGCACCAUCAUAGUCGGGGCAGGCUGCCUUGCUUUGGGAUAUUGCAUCGGAACACGUCAUCCUGCUUAUACUUUUCUCUCAACAAGAAUAGGUAAGGACAUUGAAGUUUCUGGGAAGAAAAAGAAUAAGCUUAGAGAACCCCUUGAGAUCGAAAUUCUGGCUGACAUUCUUGAAGAUUUCAAAAUGGUUUUAGUUGUUAGAAAUGAUCUUAAGAUGGGUAAGGGGAAAAUUGCUGCUCAGUGCAGUCAUGCAACUUUAGGUCUCUAUAAGAAGAUACUUUAUCGGGCUCCAAAAGCAUUAAACAGGUGGGAGAUGUCUGCUCAACCAAAGGUGGUUGUGAAAAUUGAAAGUGAGGAGGAAAUGCUGGCUCUACAAGAUAGAGCGAAAUCACUUAAAUUACCAACUCAUAUCACAAUUGAUGCUGGGAGAACACAGAUAGCACCAAAUUCAAGGACGGUCAUGGCGAUUCUUGGACCUGUUGAAGUGGUUGAUGAUGUAACAGGUGGACUUAAGCUUUUGUAGUGCAGUUAACUUUCAUACCCUUGACACAGAGAGUUCCGCUGAGCAUAUGAAAGAAAGUAAACGAACCUUAGUUAUCCAUUCUAUGCAGGGCCUUAGCCAAAGGUCAUUGUUCAUUUCUUUGGUCCUCUUUCAACUUUUAUUUCUGAUUAUGGCGAAAAUUAUGUAUUGGCCCUUCGCGAUAUUGUUCCAAGUGAUUUUCAACACAACCAAAAAUUGAUUUUGCAUGUAACGUUCAGAUCAUUCUGUUAUCAUUUUUUUAAUGAUAUGCAUGGAUUUGGCAUCUC